CACCAUCUGACACAUCCUCCUCCAACCGAUAACUUCCACCUUCUACCCUUCGAACCACCCCCUCCUCACUCCUCACAUCCCCAACCACUUCCCGCUCAGCCCAACUCAAUCACCAUGCUCCGCCAAUCUAUCACCAAGCCUCUCACCAGCACUGUCAUCAGCCGCUCCUUCUCUGCUCUUGCCCCCAGAAUGGCUGCAGGUGAUACCGGUGCUCCCCGCGCUGGCGGUGUUCAGUCCAGUGACUCUUUCACCAAGCGUGAAGCCGCCCAGGAAGGCCGUUACAUCCACGAGAAGGAAUUGGAGAAGUUCCAGAAGCUAAAAGCGAGCAUCAAGGCACAGCGUGAACACCUUGACAAGCUCGACAAGCACAUCGACGAGAUCACCAAGGAGCAGGGCGGCGAGCAGAACUAGAUUUGCGUGCACAGCACACUCACCAAUACCCCCAACACCCUCUAUAGCUUCGAAGUCGACCUCUCAGCUGGGUCUACUACAUAAGCCUCUUGCUUCUUCUUUUUGUUUCGUUCCUAUUAUAUCCCCGCGAACGUGUCACACCCCUCUCGCUAUCCUUGCUUCGUAAAUCGGAGCGAUAUUUAACGAAUAUGACUUGUAUGUUGAUGUGAUGGUCAUGCUUUUUCGAUAUUAGCAUACGGUGUAGCUAGUUAGUCUACGCUGAGACGUUUACUACACGGAAGCAUUUGAUUCUUCGCUGUGUUCUAUGUGUAAAUCUAUCAUGAUUAUACCUACGGUCCCACGGUUCCGCUCAAGAACGCAUAGAUUAUUUGAAUCAAUACCUAUACCGC